AUGGAAAGAAAUAAUGAUAGGCUUUUGAACUUAAUGGAGAAGCAGAUGAGUCAUUCCCAUGAAGAUGAUGAAGGGAAAUUCUAUAAGAGAUUGUCUAGUCAUCAACCUCCAAAAUAUGAUAGAGAACCUGAUCCAGUUCGCUUUGAGGAUUGGAUUGCAGAAAUGGAGAAACUAUUGGAGGCCAUAAACUGCCCGUCAAGGAUGAAAGUGAAAUUAGCCGCAUUCUACUUACCAGGCACUGCUGAAUUAUGGUGGAGGACUGUAAAACAAACUGUUAUAGAUUCUACUUGGGAACAAUUUAUAAAGAAGCUUCGUGAUCAAUUUUACCUACCCUCGCUUCAGAGAAAGAAAGAGAAUGAAUUCUUGUUUCUGAGACAAGGAACUAUGUCAGUGAUUGAAUACGCAAGUAAGUUCAGAGAGCUGGCUAGAUUCGCUACCGAAAUAGUGAUCUCUGAUCGGGGCAAGGCAAUUAGAUUUUUCGAAGGUCUGAACCUCAGGAUCCAAAAAGGCACUCCUAGAUACCAAGAUUUUGAUGAUUUUACAAUCAAGCCUUGGAGUAUGAGCGUAUUUUUGAAAAAGAAGACGGGAAAGAAGUCGUUUCAGACUGUAGCAAGGCCGACACAGUGGAAAUGUAGGUUAUGUGGAAAAGAUCAUCGAGGCCGAAACAGUAAUGGGAAGAUUGUAUAUUACAAGUGUCACAAGGAGGGACAUAUGGCUAAUAACUGUGGGGAAACGUUCUAUCAAACCAAAACAACAUCGGAAGCUACAGGUAACAGAGCAUUUGGCACUCAGAGGAAUGAGACUAGAGCAUCCAUAGGCCUGCUGCUCUUCGAAUGA